AAUAAACGAUUAACUGUCAAUUUUCAUUCAUUUCCGUUUCCGGCUUCAAAUGUGAUACAGACUUUGCUUAUUUCUUCAUUUCAAAUUUAUUUUGAUUUCAUUCAAUUAUUGUUUAAUUAAAAACGUGAAUAAUACACGUUAAUCAAUAGGUUUUUUUAAACUUAAAAUAUUAGAAAAUUGAAGUUUAAAAUUUCCAUUAAAAACAAUAACAAUGUCACUAAACGAUGACUAUCAAUUGUCACCUAUAUUAUUUGAGAACAACAAUAAUAUACAAUCAGAUAAAGAAUUGUCCUUUCCAAGUUCAUCAAUUUCGUCAGUUGGCGUUUUAUCGAAAACAACAACGAUUGAUAGUUGUUCACUCAGUAUAUCGUCAAAUAAUCGAAAAUACGCUGGAGCAACACCAAAAAAAUUCAUGACAAAAAAUAGUUUAGAAAUUUUACGUAUUAAAUCGAAUAAUAAUGUUGUCUCACAAAUUAAUGAACAUGACAAUAAUUCAAUUGUCUCAUCAUUUAAUGAUCAAAGAUUCGCUGGAAUAACACCAAAAAAAUUUGAAGCACAAAAUAGUCUAGAAUAUUUAAGCAAUAAAUCCAUUAACGAUGAAUCACAAAUUAAUGAAAAUGAAUCAAAUGAUGCAAUAAAUGUUUUAAAGAGUUUAAUUGAUGAGAAUAUUAUUUCAUUGCAAAAAGAACGUGUAAAUAAUGAUAGUCAAGAGACAAUUUUUUUUCAAGAAAACAACAACAACAAGAAUACUAACGACGUUGAAAAUAAAAUUUGUGACGACAAUAUAAAAGAGAAUAGUUGCAAAACAAUUGAUUCCUAUCAUCAUGAUUCGGAUAUUGAUAUGUUUGAAGAUUUUAAUUCACCUGAAAUUAAUUAUACAAUAACACAUGAAUCUAACAAUGGAAUAAUACCAUUAAAUUUAUCACGUCCAUUAUAUUUAGCUAAUUAUUCCAAUGAAUUUGUUGAGGAUAAAUCUUGCUUUGCUCCAAAAGAAAAUUUUAUUGAAAAUACAAAUACUUUGAAAAUGGAACUUUACGAUGCUUCAAUUGAUGAAAUUCUUUAUGCAGUGGAAGAAGUUAUUGAAUUUUUAGAAAUGUCCGAUGAAUAAUUAUUUAAAUUAUAAUAUUUGAUUUCAGUUUUUUUUUUUCUAUUUUAUUAUAUUUAAGUCACGAGAUUUUCCAUAUUAAAAAAAAAAGAAAGUGGAAAUCAACGUUUUAUGUAAUUGAAGGAAAUAUUUAUUUUUAAAGAAAAAAAAAAAUUACUCUUAUUUCUAUUUGUUUUUUCCAAAAAAUACUUUUGCAAAUGGAAAUCUCGUUUGAAAGACUGAAAAUUUUUUUUUGUUUGUGCUCAAGAAAAAAAAAAAGAGAAAACAUUGUGAUAUCUAGCUUAGAAUUCUAGAUAUAUUUGUAGAAAUAUACGAUAAUUUAUAUUUUUUUUUAUUAUUUGUUUCUAUUAUUUUUCUCUUGUAUAUCAUCUCUUUAUUCGUUUAUAUAUAUAUAUAUAUAAAUUUUUUUUUUCGCAGUUCAUUAUUCAAAACUUUGUAAAUUAUUUUGUUUUGAAAGUUGUUAUUUGAAUUGUAUAAUUCGAAAAAAAGAAUUAAUAACUAAAUUAAAAAUAAAUGCAUUUAUAUUACUUUA